CUCAAGCGUUUCGUUUCGUUUGCCAUCGCCUCCAGUCGAAACCGGGAGGAGCCCCUGACCAAUCCCCCAGUUCCCCAAAGCUAAAGCCAGACCAGUUUGUUAUGCGAUGACGUGCUAGCCGCUCUUGUUCUCUUCCACCGCCAUAUACCCACUACUUUCCGGCUCGACUCUCUUUGUGCCAAAAAGAAAUCAUAAACUAAUAAAAUAGUUUUCUGCGCGGAAAACAGACAACUAACACAGAAGGGAAAACCGGGGCAAGCGUUUUCUCGUUCAAGGUCAGGAAAUUAGCUUAGACCUCAGCCACAACAUGAGCCAAAAGAAGGAAGAAAGAAAGGCACGCUGGUAUUUCGGCGGAUUGGGAAGCGUGGGGGCAGCAAUGGUCACUCACCCCCUCGACCUUAUCAAGGUUACGCAGCAGACGCAACAAGGCAAGCUUUCCAUAAUCCAGAUAGUUCCGCAAAUUGCCCGAGAACAUGGAGUCCUGGCCUUCUACAACGGCCUCUCUGCCUCGAUGCUGCGUCAGAUGACCUAUUCCACGACGCGAUUCGGUGCUUAUGAGGUCGGCAAAAACUACAUUAACACCGAUACCUUUGGCGGUAAGGUCCUUUUGGCCGGUCUCUCUGGUUUCGCUGGCGGUAUCAUUGGCACGCCGGCGGACAUGGUCAACGUUCGGAUGCAGAACGAUGUUAAGUUGCCCCCGGAUCAACGACGCAACUACAAACACGCUAUUGAUGGUCUUUAUAAGGUCUAUCGCCAAGAAGGAUUUUCGAGACUUUUCUCUGGAACAACGACGGCAACAUCGCGUGGUAUUCUCAUGACCAUCGGACAGAUUGCGUUUUAUGAUCAGACGAAGGUCGCCCUGCUGAAAACCCCCUACUUUGAGGAUAACUUGGUCACGCACUUUACCGCCUCCUUAGUGGCUGGAGCAAUAGCUACUACUCUUACCCAGCCACUGGAUGUGCUGAAGACGCGGUCAAUGAACGCGAAGCCCGGGGAAUUUACGGGAUUAUGGGACAUUGUCAAGCAUACGAGCAAGUUGGGACCUCUAGGUUUCUUCAAGGGCUAUGUGGCGGCCUUUGUGCGAUUGGGUCCUCAAACCAUCCUGACGUUCGUGUUCCUGGAGCAGCUCCGCUUAAACUUUGGCCACAAAACUGUUAGCUAGCCGAGAUUCCCAUCGAUUCCAUCCUAGGAUAAUAAUUUGUCAUGGCUGGCUGGCAGAUUCCCUUCAGCAAUGCUAACAUUCCAGCUGCAA